AAAAAAAGCUCUGCCCUUCCAUCUCUUGGAUAAAUAGAGAGGGAGGGCAGAGUCCUUUGGUGUCCCUUCCAGUUAAGAAUUGGGACUUCACAAUUACUAGCCAAUAUUUCUCUCAUGCCUUUUCUCGUUCAUGGUUCGAUAUUCUGGUGUCCUAGGCGUAGAGGAACCACACCAAUCCAUCCCGAAUUUGGUGGUUAAACUCUACUGCGGUGACGAUACUGUAGGGGAGGUCCUGCGGCAAAAUAGCUCGAUGCCAGAAUGAUAAAAAGCUUAACACCUCUUAUUUGACUUUUUCACUAUUUUGAAAUACGAAAAAGAUCCAAAUCCAAAACGCAAAGGUCGUCUUAUUCAAAACCUCAAUCAUCCCCUCUCUCCCACUUCACACCUCAGAACGCACUGUUCUUAUAGAGAGAAAGGCGCUUUCCCAUCUUCUUAACCCGAAAUGAAAUGGCUGAGGAGAAGAAGGUUCCUUUUGGGGGGUAUCCCCGGGAAGAGAUCCAGUGGAGACGGGGUGGGCCUGUAGCUCAGAGGAUUAGAGCACGUGGCUACGAACCACGGUGUCGGGGGUUCGAAUCCCUCCUUUUCCUCCACUCUCACCAUUAUACCUCCACCUGCUUGACAAGAAGGUAGCAGAGGGAGUGAUGGUGAUUGAGAAAAGAUAUGGUAUUUGGGGGAUGCAAUACGAAACUAUGUUAUGUCAGAUAUGCGGAGGGCAUACUAAUAGGAAUUCCGAAGAUCAAAAGAAUGGAUAGAUGUGGGUACCUGCUGCGAGAUAAAGUAAGGAACCUUCUUCUUUCAGUAUGCAAGAGUCUCGGUAUUCGAAUAAGAUGGUCCAGGAUGGAGGGCAACAAGCUGGGGGAAGAAGGAACCGAGGAAUACCAGUCAGGUACAGGGAUUAGUACUCUCUUUAUCCGAUGAGGGCAAAGUCAGAGCUUACAUUCCCAUUACAAGGUGGAAAGAGAAACUCUCCUUUGACAACUUGAAAGAGAAAAAUGGGCGAAGAACAAAGAAAAGAUGGGUGGUCCCCUUCAAAGCAUUUUCUUGCAAGGGCCUAUCGCGAAAGAACUCAAGCCAAUACUUUUUAACGUAGUAGAUCCUAGGAAACAUACGUACGAGAUAUUUAGAGCCGCAAGGGUAUCCGGUAAAAGGAGGACGGUUCCUAAUCUUUUGAUCGGCAAAGGGUUCGAUGCAUUGAUUUUCGCCUAUGAACGAGUCAAUCAGCUAGAUCUACUUGCGGCAAACGGCACCUUCCUUUCCGUACGUAAGGCAAUGGUUGUUAUUGAAGUUCAGAUCAGGGAAUACCCUAGGUUUCGGCUUUUUCCACGGUUCCGUAACGGUAGGUUUCGGCUCCUCGCUACAUCCCUUCUGCUCCUACUAAGGAAAGGACGCUGCUGAACCGAUAGGAUUUGCCGAGCGAGCACUACCAUAACUUCAACUUCAACUUAAACUUAACUUAACUUAUGGUAUCUGACCAGUGUUAAGCAUUAGCCAACCAGGGAAAGAAACUAAGCGACUACCUGCGCUGUCACACGGCUCCAUUUAUCGAAGAAAGGGAUCAGACUGCUGCCAUUAAGGCAAUGAAAUUGACGAGGAAGAGUAAGGAGUUUGGAAUGACAACUAGUCACUUCUUGCUGAAGAUCUGUUCAGUGAAGGAAGCUUCACUAUGAUGUGUUAAUGCCAAUGGAGGAUAUGUUGCAUGUUUGGUGUCCAAAGAAAUGAGGAUACUGGAACUAGCUUCUGGGGUCCAAGGAUACCUCCGCCUUUCACUUUCAUCUCUUGAUACCGAAAUUCGCCUAAGGUCUGGCCUUCUACUCUACUUUGAUUCAGAUUCAUUUGUCGAGAGAUAGUGGAUAGAAUGAAUAGUAGAAGUUCCGCUGUAAGCAGUUACGAAUGGGGAGGGUAUCAUUAAACCCAGUCUUCGCUUAAGACUUAUCUAGUUUUGCUCCCUACUCUCAAGUAAGUAGAAGGGGAAGGGACAAAUACCUUUACUUGGUCUAACAGUCCAAGAGCUCUCACGGUAAUUGGAUAGCUGGCUUGAACCAAGCCAAAAGGCGGCAUCACCUUGAACCAAUGAAUUCUCAGAUUACUGGCAGUAAUUCGUUCAUUUCAAUGAAAGAGCAGGUAGCUAUAAGUUUCCCCACUCUACUCUAAUAGUCUUUUUUAGAUUCAAGCUUAUUUCCUUGAGGAUCGCAACCCGAAUCUUAGGAUAGUCUACUUUCUGUUCUGAUAGUAUAGGAAUAGCAGUCACAGAGGGAGGAUCACAAAUAAGUGUAUUCUUACUAGAUGAGACAUCUUCUCUAUUCUUACUAGAAGAGACAUCUUCAGAAGAUUUCUUCCAAAAAUGCAAAAGAAUUUCUCUGUCUUCUUUCCAAAAAAAGUGAGGGGGCCCACCACACCACUUCCCUCGACCCCUUACCACGGGAGUCACUAAAGAUGAGACUGACCAUGAUAAGGGUAUGGGGCAUUGAUUGGCUUGGAGGAUUAAGGGGAAUCGGGUAGUGGAGCCAACAUAUUAGGUCGGCCACUGAGAUUUUGCCCCUUUUUCUCCACCUGCGCUGGAGGGAUUGCAGCGGGAUUCAGAUGCCGCUCUUGACUGAGCCCGGGUUUAGGGGCUACCUGGGUUUGUGCCCAACCUGGCCAAGCGCAAUUCGAGAUCGGGAUAGAGGGUAAAAGCAAUCCAUCCUUAUAGCAAGUCCUAGAGUUAAGUAAAAAAGACUUCUCGGGAGUUUGGGAGUGUGACUAUAACCAGUACUCAUGUAUAAUAUAAUAUCCUCUUUCUAGUUAAAAUGAGUAUUACCUGCCUGCACAAUCAAUCUAUGGCGAUCUCGGUCUCACGCGCCAGUCCCUCUUGCUAAGCCUAAGUGUUAAGCAUAGCAUAUCUUAUAUUAACCUAUCUUAAAAGGACUUCCAGACAUUGAUUUUAGGAGAGUCAUUUUGUAGGGCCAUUCGCGAGCCAGUACCCUUAUUAGGAUAGGAAAGUAGGGACUUAUUCGAAGUUCAUAGAUAUAGUCUAUCAGGCUGGUCUCCGGGGUCGUUUCCCUAGCAGAGCAGGUUGGUUUCCGGUUCCCUACAAGCGUUCUAUAUAAGCGGUCCCUGCCAGUUACAUCAAGUUCCAUUCCAGCAAUCAAUUAGGCUAGUAUUGAUAGUUCAAGCUAAAAAUUCUGUCUUAAAAAAAAUAAUAGGUUAGCGGGACAAGGAAGAAAGUGCGAUUGUAUUAGUGUUCCGGGAAGAAAGGGAAUCCUGCGCUUCUCUAAGAAAAGAAAAAGAGAGAGUUUACACAAGUAAAGUACUAAACGAGAAAAAAGCAUUUCUCGAGAAAAGGUCCCAUAGUCAUGAUUGGGUCGACCCAAUCAUGACUCAUCAUAUUUAUAUAUAUAGACUCCUCAUAUUUAUAUAUAUAAUAGAAAGAUGAAAGGUUUAUUUUUGUUCGGUCAGUCUGUUUCCUUUCCUCUCGAUUCACCUAAAACUUCUUUUGCCACUGACGUGAUACUGAUACAAUGAGCCAUCUCAUUCUACAUUGAGUUAGCAUCCUCACCUAACUUCCACUCCGUCUCAUUAAUUAUUUUCUCUUUAAACAUAACUUGCUUAUCCCCUUUCCAAUUCCACCACCUAAUCCUAGGCUCCCUUGCUCCUUCUCUUCCAUCUCUUAAUACUAAGAUAGAGUACUAAAAAUCUAUGUUGGGUUGCUACACUCUCUCCAGGUAUCACCCUUACAAUCCUUGAAAUACUUCUGAUCUGCUCGUCGCGUUAGGAAGAAGUAAAUCUGACUAACAUUAGAACCACUCCUAAGAGUUCCCAAGUGCGAGUCUCUAUUCCGUGUUGGCAAGUAUCAAAUCAUACGCCAUAGCAAAAAGAUACUUUUCCGCGUUAUCUCAAGAAAAAGGACGAAGAAUUAUAGAAUUGUCGUGUAUGUUACUUUGUGGGUGUGGCCAUUUUGAAUCCCAUUUCCUUUCCUAUGGUAGAGACAGUCGUUUUCCUCUUACGAAUUAAGUUAAAGACCGCUCCGCUCCCCUUCGGUCAAGAUCGAUACAAUACAGCCGAUCCGCUUUCUUCCGUCAGUAGUCGAUAUAUUUAUAUAAUUAGAUUAAUAGCAGUCCUAUAUCAGGUAUGACAAGGUUGGCAAACUGUUUUCCUAAAUUCGAAUUUAGUUCACAGCCCUUCUUCAUUAAAGUGGGCCGCAGUGGAAACGGCGAACAAUUGCUGUAAUAUAUAGUAUAGUAUAGAUACCGGAGAAACAUGCUGCUCUCCUCUUCUAUUCAAUUUUCUGUUUCUACAUAUCUUUCGAGAAGGGGGAGGUCAUUAGAGGCUCCUCUGGAGGCCAUGAAGGAUCCGUAAUUCAUUGCAAGGCAUUCUCCAAUCCCCAUAGGUGAUACAGGAGUUGAUUGAAAGGUAAGGUAGUGCAUGCCCAUCCUAGAUUUCCUAGUUCCGAUCCAGCUUCCUGCUUUCAGCAACCAGAACUGAAGCGGGGCCCAUUGAAGAACACUGUACCUUAGCCCGAGCAGCUGCUUUGUCCAAUUCUUCCUAAUCUGGGUAGGCCCAAUCUUCCUUAGCCGGAUUUAUCCUAUCUAUCUGAUCCGAGGGAUAUUCUUUUCUCUAACCCUAGAAACCCUGCUUGAAGUAUGUCCUUCGUCUUUCGACUCAGCCUCGCUAGUAAUCCGUUCUCUGUAAAAUGUAAUGAAAGUGGGUUCGCUUCUUUGCUUUUCUUUCGAUAUCUCAUCGAUCAGAGGGGUUUAUCCUAACUGGCUCCCUAACCGAAGGUUCUAAAUGUAUUUCCCUCCGAGGGCCUGGUCGAUUCAGCGUUGGAUCUUGAAAUGCAAUUCGCGAUUGAUAAGAAACAUGCCCUUCCCCUCUAAAUCGUUGUCAAGUACUGGAUUGCCAUCCUUCCUGGUUGUCCUUACUUACUAUAUGUGAUAUCUGGGAAUUCCUCCCAAGCUCUAUAACUAGAAUAUUCAUUUAUGGAGUUGCCUUUGCCAAGAAAGUUUCCUUUCUUCGAUGAACCCCGUUCGUGAUACGAUACCCUGCCUGGGCCUCACACUUCCUCGAAACCAACCCACAGAAAACCACUGGCCCUUCACUCCCUACUGUUCUUCCUUUAACCCGCAGUUCCUUCAACAAUGAAGGUUGGACUUACUGACUUGCCUCUCUGCUCAACCAACUCACCUGUUCGAGCCUGCUUUCGAAAGUGCAUCCUUUUCCUUGGGCGAGGGUGCUUCCCUUCAUCGAUAGACUUUCCUACGAGACACGAGCGAAUAUACGUACGCCAAUACCUACGAUUCCUAGCCAAUGGAAUGAAAUAGCAAUUGUUCGAAGAAUCCUCUCUGGCCACCUGAAUAAGUUGAUCAAACUCUUGGCAUACAGAUUUGAAUUCUAGUUGGUAUCGGCCUGUCAUACUCAUCCUCCCCUCGCCCAUGAAGUAUGAUAUCCGUUGUAGUGCUUCCAAUAGCAGAGCCGUGGAUCCGACAACCUUGUCUACUGUAAGGCUGGGGAUGUGAGUCUAUGCGUUCUCCACUCCAUUCUAUUGAUGCUUCUUAUUAGCUAGAUCGGGCCCAAUUGACAGACAGGUUCUGCCCUCCGAGCACUAAAUCCCUUCAUCUUGCACUGGAUAAGGGAAUCUAGUAUUGAGAAAGAAUGGUACUUCUUUUUUACGUCGUUUAUAGACGGAGGAAUGGAUACGAGUAGCAACAUCGGGAGAUGGAAGCUGACACAGGCAAGACAAAACAUGAGUCUUCAUAAGCUAGAGCUUCCGACCUUUACUAUUUACAUCAGCUCAACCUUCUUGCCCAUUUGCUUUAGCGGUUUGAUUGGCGGGUUUUCGGCCUUGCGUAGAUGGUUUGCUUGGGCUCUAGGGUCAUUCCCUUCUCAAGGCUGGCAAAGUAGGUUCUUUAUUACUCGAAAGCCGUUGCACUUUCGUUUCUUAAAAGUAAGGUAUUGGUAUACGGAUCAGUAGGAACUGUUUUGGAAGUCUACUCUAGUCUAGUACAGUGCUUUAAAGUAAAGGUAGCCAGUAGUGGUAGCCUGUAAUGGAUCGUUCAGGGAAGGGAAGAAGCGUGGCAUCAUUUAUCCUAGCUUUACAAGCUUGAUAAGUAUUGGUACAGGUAUUGUUAAUGGUUGGUUCCUUGAAGGGAAGUGCUAUCAUUAUAGCUAUCUUUUUACUAGUAAUGGAAAGGUACAGGAACCUUCCUUGAGAAGAAUGGGUUUUGGUGAAGGUGCGGGGCUGGUAUUGGUUUUUGUUGCUAGGUUUUGAAGAUGCCUUGCAGGGAAUUGGUACAGGUACAGCUUCCUUCGUAUCUGGUAUGGGUGAUUGGUAUAACCUAAUGAAAAGAGGAGUGGUUGCUACUACUUCCUUAAUAAAACCAGCUUCCUAAAUAAAACAAAUAACAACUUUAUUGUUCUUCUUCCUGCUUUCUUCUUCUUCUUCUUCCUCUAGCUCCAAUAGCAACCUGCUUCGGAUCCAGCAUCUGCUUUCUUCCUAUUUCCUAAAUCUAACAAAAACAACUUCUUCUUCAUCCUCCUACUCCUAAAUAACAACCCUGCUUCAUACCUUCCUUUUGGCCUUGCAGAGAAGUGGUAUCACUGCCUGAAAGGAUAAGAGUGUGUCUAGUUUUACAGUGUAUAGCCUAGUGCUUGAGUAGAGAGGUUUCUUUCUGCCUUUUGUACAAGAGCAGUUAAUGUAGUUGUACUGGUGCGUUCGUUUAGGCCUUGCUUGAUGGGAUGCAGGUGAUGGUGAAGUGUUCCUUGCUUUAGAAGAGUCCUAUAUAUUUUAGCUGACAAGAGCAGUUAAGUUAAGUAAAGUUAUGGUAGUGGCAGGUAAGGAUCCUUCGUUUCUGGUUUAAGCCCGGAUAAGAAAACAAGGAAGUUGGUUGAAGACUCCCUCUCUCUCAUUCUUCCGGAAUGGAAAUGCCAUUCUCGAUAGCAAGGUAGGAGACAUAGCAGCCAUAAUCACUUUCAUCAGAAAAGAGGUUUGUUUUCUUGCUUGUCGCUACAGAUCGUUUUUCCGGGCUUCAUCAGGAAGAGCACUUGCCAUUCUAAGGUUCAAUGAAGCGGGUCGAAAUAUGGCUUGCUUACUUCUACUUCCUUCCGUUCGUGUAAGCACUCAUGCUUCCACUUCACUCUCCUCUCGAAAGCCAGGCCAGGUUCUAAGUCCGGUAGGUCACUAGCAGUUCGAGAAGAAGGGUUUUGUUUGAUUCACGAGUUCACUCAACAACCGGAUUUGCCCUCGAUACCCAAGAAGAAAAAGUGGAUUUCCCUUAGGGCCACAACUAAUUAGGCAACCCUAUUUUCCCUCAGGAGAUCAGGAGAGUCGAUGGUUGAUUCGAAAAGUCCCUCUCGCCUAGUGGCUAAACUAAAGAAUCCGAUGGCACGCUUGGGAUCUAACCAGCACCAGAGAUCUCUGUUUCAAUACGCCGAUCCGAUCCUUGAAAUACGCCGAUCUACCAAACAGCUUGCUUGCUUUUAGUUGACGGGCAAACCUGAGCACUAACUAGUCCUGUUCCACUUCUGAAUCUACGUCAAAUUUCCGGAAAGCUAAUCGAUUUUAAAAAAGUGCAUCUAAAGCACCCUUUACUAAAAUCAAUGUAGUUGCAUGCAAACCUUCUGCAAUAGCAUGAUGAACCAAGAAAUCUCCGGGUUAGCAUAUAUCAAUGAUGUUUUCCAAGGGCUCAAAACGCUAGGUUCGUUCUCUCGCUCCGGUAGACUGCUUCUUCUCUCAAUUGCCAAGAAUGGUGCUGGUAGAUAGCAUGGUUUUGGUAGAAACGAUAUCUCGUACCUGCUUUGCUAUAAGUGCCUUCCCUCCCUUUUGAUUAGGGAAAUGGGAUUCAAGAUUUCGAAUAGUUCGAUGCAGAUGGGCCAGUUCUUGUCCGAAGAAGGAUGUUUGCUUUGAGGUUUCCCCUAGUUGGGGAGACCGAGAAGGCCCUAACGACAUUGCAUCUCCUGUUCUCCUGUGUUAAGAAGAAAACUUGUCCGAAAAAGCGAGAUGAUAGGAAUAGAGAUUGGAAUGAAAGUUGGACUAGUAGAUCCUUGUUCUUGUUCAAUGAAUACUUCUUUCCCAGGUGCUGUCAGAAAAAGCAAACUGGUUGGAUCCCAGUACUUAGAAACCAUUUCUCCGAAGCAGGUGCCAAACCUUCUCUUCUUCCCUUAGAAAUUGGUCCAGAAUAGGCAUUCUUCGCUUAGGGCAGGUAGGUUCUCGGGAAAACGAACUAGACCGGUAAACUAUUGCAUCUUGGCCCGAGAAAAGAAAAGAUGGAUUGGAGUGAUUGAACUAGAACCCGGGUGAGCCCUCCUAUUGAUCAGAUCUCGGUAGUGAAAUGAUAGGAAAUAUGCCAAGAAUAAUUCCAUUUCAUCUCUUGUGUGAUCAAACGGGUUGCCCAAUGUACCAAAUGCUUUCUAUAAAGUGUGGAAAUAGUCAAUGUAGGAUGGGACUCUGACCUAAAACAUAUGUGCUGGGUGUAUCUUCCCGCCGACCAAAAACUUAUGCCCAGUGCCAGACCUGAAAAUAAAGGAAAUAUAGGAAUGUGGAAAUAGGAAUGUAAGAAAAGCCAUCAAGCUAGGAACACAGAAAGCUACCACUUCUUGUAAACAAACCUAUGCUAUGAAACAAUCAAAGUAGAUCGGAUCGUAUGAGGGAUGCCUACAGGGCAAGGAUAUCAUGAUUUGAACAAGCAGGGGAAAGUCAAGAAGCAAGGUCACUAAUCUAGAUCCGGCCUGGCCGAAGGAUAAGAAAUGGAUGGCUAUCGCUUUCCUUCUUAGGUGAGGGAUUCGAGAUGUAUGCGCCCGCAUAAAGAUCUGAGAAGCUAUGAAUCUGUCGUAUAUACUAUAAUAGACGAACAAACACAUAAAGAGAAACCGGAGACUAAUGACCUAGAUCAUCAAACCUUUCUGUCCACACUCGAUCCUUAGCAAUAAGCCUACAGCUAAGAAGAUGGAAUGGUACCAAGCUCACUUAUACGCACUCCUAAAUGAAACAAACUAGACUAUCACACUAAGUUACACCUGCCCUGAGCCAUAAAUCAAUAGAAGAGUUCGGUAUUAUUUCCAUCUUUUCCAUUAGUUUCUAUGAAAUCCUGAUAUUCGUUUUUCUAUUCCACUGCGCAUAGCCCGGUUCUUUCCGCUAGCACUGGCAAUAGACCCUUAACCGGCACUGGCACUGAGUGCAUUACUUACUGAAUUACUUACUUUACUGCACUGCAUUUCCAGCUGGCCUUCCCGAGUACGAGUAUGGGUUCGUUGGAUCAUUCUAUUCUAUGUCAAUUGGAAGUUGCAUUUCAGACUCUGGAAGCCCCGUUCCUUCUCCUUUUAAGGUAAGGUAAGGUCGGCAUAAAUCCAUCAGUGGUAGGAAUCAACGAUCCAUUUCGUAAGAGAAGAAUUGGGGAAAGCACGCAGUUGGCAGUUGACAUCUUCAAUACAGAACUCUUUCUUCGCUUUCUUUUCAGGAAACUCGAAAUCUCGAACUAGAAAUCUCGUAAGAGAGGAUCAAGCUCUAGUCUCACAAUUGAGAAGUACGGCACCUUUUUGCCCAAUAAGCUAGUCUACCUUUACUGCGGCACCUCGAAGGAAUGAAUAGCCCGGCCCCUUCUCUCAGGAAUCCGUUGAUAAGGCAGUGUAGGAGUGCAAAUCCUUCUAGAGACUUUCCAGUCCAGAUUCGACGCGACGCUUAGCUUAUUAUUCUUCUGAAGAUGCAAUUCUGGAUCUCUGUACAAGCUUUCAAGAUUGGCUGGGCGUGAAGCAUCUCUAUUUCUUGUGAUUUCCUUGUCAGUUUCUCUAGCAGCCCUACCUCAAAUCCUCUUCUGUGGAAAACUAGUUCGUUCAUCUGAUGGCACCCAAUGAGUAACUACUAAUGUUAUGAAUAAAAGGCCAGUCGCAGAUUGAUCCGAUACGCCAGACCUGCUUCCGUUGUUUGACUUCCUGACUUCCUAUAGUGUAGCUUUCCCUGAGCGAGAAUACGACCCAGAAGUACCCGCCACUCUAUCUCUGAAGUGAGUUCUGUCGACACCUCACAAAGAAAGAAAAGGAGGGCUAGGCCCGAAUAGGUCUUUGAAUCCUGGCCAGAAUUGAGGGGAGCUUCGCUCUCCAUUGAGUAAGGAAAUCCAGCCUCGGGAAUGAAAGUAAUUAACUGAAAUAUCCAAUAACAUAUAAAAUAGAAAUGUUAAAGCAUAACGAAAGAGUAAGACCUCGGUCGUGCAAAUCAUGCCGAGGAGGCUUCCUUUCAACAAAAUGCAAGGAUUCUCCGGGGAUAGCCGCUAUUAAAGAAAGCCCUGGGCUGUGGACUCAGUAUGGAAUGGAGAUAAUGUGGUAUGCUUUCCACUGUUGGCAGUUCUAGAUAAGAAAAGGUUGAGUUCGGCUGGCUCGGCUCGCUAGGAGGAUGAAGCUUCUACUCUUUGAGUGAAGUAAGUUGGAAUCUUUCAUCGUUCUUUUCCUUCUAAUGUCGGACUGAUGAAAGUCGUUUUUAUGAAGAAGCGUUGAAAUAAGAAAAAAAUGGUGGUCAAAUAGAAAAAAGAAAAAAAGAUUGAGGGCUUUUGCUGCCUAUAGGGCAGGUACUCAUUGUUUUACUUCGCUCUUCUUUUCUCGCCAAAAAGUAGAGCAAGGAAAGAAAAUGAACACGCAAGGAAAGAGGUUGGUUAUUCGAUCACUGUUCUCGGAGUCGUACACACUCCACUUAUGAGUUGAACAAAGAAAGUAAUGCUCGAAAAAAGAGAGUAAUGCAAAGUGGACAGAUCAAGUCAAACACGAGUCAAUUCCCUAAAAAAGUCUCCCAACCUGACUGGAAAAGUGGGAACCGACUUCAUCAAAAACCAUCAAGUCAAGCCCAUAUGCAUUUAAUAAUAAGGGAUGUUUCGCUAAGGAUCCAAAAAGGUUUCUUAUAAUCUGUCUAAAUAAAAUCCAACCGUCCUUUCUUUAGGAGAAUAUCGCCUAUUUCUCACUUUUGAUACCAGUUGAGUACGGCACGGCACGGCACUAUCAUGAAUCAAUGGAAAGCUUUUUUUCUGACUAGAAUUGACACGCUACUGCUAGUUGUAACGUAAACAGUGGACUCACUCACUCAAUCUGCCGUGCCAGGUAUGAAAAGAGAAGCUAGUCCGGAAGCAAGGUCAAUCAAGUGCGCCACGUCUGUCCCAGGCAAAACCACUGACUGCUAUGGCAACCUCUCUUUUGAUUCUCCUCAUUAGAUUCUACUAAUCUCAUUGGGAGCUGAUCUGAAAACUUCUAUCCUAUCUCGCUAUGGGCCAAAAGUGCAUCUCACCUAGUGGAAAAAGUUGCACUAUUUCUUGGCACAACGAUGGAUUCCAGGCAUGGCUGGCUGAAGAACGGAAAAUGCUUUGAUUAUGCAUUUCUCGAAUCUAGUCCAACACAACUGAAUUUCGCCCCUCCUUCCUACUUUACUUUCCACCGGACUCAUUCCAAGAGUCAAGAGUGAAUGGGAUUCUAUUAGGCAACGAAAUCAAGUGCUAGUCCCCUUCUCGGGAAAGCCAAUUUCCUAUUCCAAGAGUCUAGUGGUAAGUUCUAAGCUGGAAUGGGUCCGAUCCUUGCUAAUGAAUGAACUCCGUCACUACUCCUUUCCUUGGGCCAAAACCACGGAAUAUUUUCAGGAAACUAGACUCGAACUGAACCAUAGCCCGGCACCCUCGAAACGAUGGAUUGCUUUUGAGAAAACCGCAUCUCACUCAAAAGUAGCCUACCCCAUUUUCCCGAGGGAAUACGCAAAUCCGGAGUGGGAGAAGGCUAAACCCAUUUCUGUUCUGAUCCGCCAGAUCAUGUCAUGUCUUGUGUCAAAUAGAUAUUGUCGUAUGGUAUGGAGUGAGAAUCGAGAUGACUAUGGCCAGUAGAAAGAAAGAGAGAAAGAGGUAACGGCAUCUGAUUACCGCUUUUAGCAUGGAAUUUGGUACCGGAUCGUUUCGAAAACGAGUCCCUAAAGUCUGUUUUCAUUUCAAUGGCAGGCUCAAGGAGUGGAAAGUGAGUCCAUUCCUUGGUAAAAAAAAUGAAGUAAUGCUGCUUCCUUCUUAGACUUAGAGAAGGGCCCCUAUUUUUUAUUUUAGUCUAAGUAGCCUAUAGUGGUUGUUUCCACUUAAAUAAAGGGCGGGUAGGCUAGGGAGGGAAUGUUUACUUUUCUUAUUUGCGGGGAAAAGAGUUGAUGCCGCUAGCAGCUCAGCUUAGGCCGUACCUACAUGGGCUCCAGAUCCUCCCUGUCUUCCUGCAGAUUCUGAUUCCAGCUUGCCUUGAAUCCCAAACAUAACGACUACUUGAUUCGCGCCGGGCGAUUCCAGUUCCAGAGUGAUUUAGCCCGCGCCUGGGACAAGUGGUUUAGUGGACUCUUGAGAAGUAGCUUUUCGGAUCUCUGGGUACGUGUUCCACCUUUGUUUGGGCGUUGCAGAAAGAUAACCUGCUGCCAGAAGAAAUAAUGCAGAAUUGAGUGAAUAAUGCCUUUAAACCGGUACCGGUAAAGUACUCUCGCGCUUAUCUAUUUAUAGGCCCAACCUAUGAAACAAGGUUCUCUACCUGUGUAGAUACGGCAAACAAACUCUACCAAUACCAAUCCACCGGAAGAAGCCUGAACAAUCACCCAGCAAGAGCUUUAUAGGAUGUUUCCUUUCUUAGUCUUAGUCGAGGUUCUUACAACGUGGCUUGAUGCAGUGUAGAUGUUUUGGUAGUCCAGUUCAGAGAUAUGACAGGAAAAACUCCACACUAGAGACAAGAACAUAGAAGAGAAUAAAGGCAAGGGUGUGCUUCUUCUUUCUGGAGAGACUGACAAUAAGAGUAGAUUAGAUCGUGUGCUUCUCGGUGCGCCGACUACUUCACUGUUACCUACCUAUCAUUCACUAGACCGAGUAUGAGUACGGACUGACAUUCACUAGACCAAGUCAGAGUAGGGGGUUCCAUUCUUCACUACACCCAAUCUGUACCGACUCCCAUUAAUUACAGGUUACGAGUGUGGAAAGACUUCUUACUUUAUUCCAUUCACUACUGGUUAAGUAAGCAUGAACGUAGAUAAGAGAGGAGUCAAUGGAACUCUUGGCUUGUGAACAAGUGACUUCUUUCUUUUCAUAGACUACACUACAGACUAUCAAGCACUAGAAAACAACAGGCCCAGUUACGUACGAGUCAGGCAAUUGUCUACCCUCACGAAGCAAUGAGAAAAGGUAGGUGCUGAUGUGCUAGUAUAGAACAUAAGUAAGAAAGCAUCUAUUUCCCUAUAAUCACCGACGUUGGUAUUUGCCUACACCCCAUUCUAUGAAAAACUCCGCAACUCCAAAUAUUCGAUAUAAUAGGAAGGCCAUUCACUUUAAGAGGAAAUGGAGCUGCAUAGCGUUGCCUUCAGACUGGUAUUAGCAAAUGCUUUGUUGAUCUGAACCGAACAAAGACACAUCUUUGGUGCAGUUUUCCUAAAGGCGGCUCACAGGGAAGAGAUCCGUUUUGUCAAUCAGCAAAACCAGUUUUCGUAGUGAUGAAAGAAAUUUCCCUCGAUCAUGUGUUCUCGGCCCUGUGACUGGUAAGUCAGUUCAGGCAAGAGAUGAUGGCGGGUCGAUCACGAUUUAGUCUUAUUGAUAAUUGAGUAUACGUCCGCCUAAGGUAAGGUCUGGUUAGAAAUCCUUAGGAACAAGAAAGGGCACACAAUCAAAGCCAGAGGUCUUCGAACCUUGGUAUUUCGAAUCAGAUUGAUAGCUUUUUGAAUGGCAGCGGUUCCGGGACUCUAGUCUUUCGUUUACAGGUUCUACAUUAGGUUCACGAAACCUAUCUACACAGCAAGCUUCUUCAACAGGUCAUUGGACAUCACCCUCACUUCUUCUAGCAGGAAAGCGCGUUAAGAGGUAAGAUCGUACCUCAAGUCAAAGGGCCUCGUUAUAGUUGGAGGCAACACACGCUGAACAAACCUCAACUUGCCUAUUUUGUGUAACUGGUUGAAACUACGAAUUUCCAGUUCAUCUUACGAUGGUAUACGGUGACGGGCCAACCUUCUAUACUAGUGCAUUCAUAGGAGGACGAAGCAGGAAUUAGGAAGCCCUACACUUCAACCGGAGCGAACUUCACACUCGAACUUAGAUAUAGCAAAUAGAUCAAAUAGGCUCAGAGAGAUACGGGGCAUAAUCAAAGAAAAAGAACCGUUGGAGUGGCAAUACAGCUAGAUAGAUAGAUAGAAAGUCUGAUUCUAAACUCAGUCUGAUCUGUCACACCCAGCCAUAAACAACCAUUCCAGAUUCCCAAGAUGAAGUGGAAAGAAAGAGGAUGCAUUCAGGAUCUCAUACUUCGAGAGCUCAACAGCUGUUAGGAACGUCGAGUCCCGCUAAGAACUGCUAACGUCGAGGGCUUUGAUUCUUUUAUUUCCUACCCAACAUAGGCAACACUAGACUGAUCAGACUCAAAAGACUACGCCUUGUCUUUUUGUCCUAAACUCAGCCGACUCUCCAUAUUCAACUGUUUAUGCCCCCCAUAGUAAAAACCACUCACACCAGUUUUGCCUAGUAGAGUGUACGAUCAAAGUGAACUUUUUAUGCCAGCCAUAGUCAAAAGUCCUACUUUCCUUCGCACAUCCGUUUGAUUGCUUAAUCUGUUUUGUUACCCUUGCUAUCCUUGCCUCCUAUGGAUAAAAGGAAGAAGAAACCUAGUUGAAGUAAGGAAAACAGGUUCAUAAGGUUUUCGAGUCGAAUCUUUGAUAUGGAAAAGUCGUAUCACCGCUCCGCAACCUGAACCACGGCACUUCCAAUCCUCUUUAUAUCACGAUUCAUUAUGCAAAUAAAGCUUUUCCUUGCCACUUGGAUUCUGGCACUUUGAAAGAAAUACGAACACUUCCACUACUGCUCUGGAAAGAAGAAAUCCGUCUUGUUGCGAGGAAUUCUUUGCAAUGGGGAAGGCUAACACUUCUUGCUUACUCACUCACGUUAUUCACUCAGAAAAAGUAAAGUAGUAGCACCACAAAUAAACUCAUCUAUCCCAGGUAGCCCCUAAACCUGAUAUGAUACGAUGGGGAACUGGGAAAUUACAGAGAGUGGUGGGUCCCGCCGCGCAACGGAUGAAUCAAAGCGAGAUCAGAUUCCUCUUGAUGAGGGCCGAUGUGACUUCCUUAAAUUCUUUCCUGAGCUCAACAAAAAAUGGAGGGGUUGGGGCUUUGGCUCCAGGCCCAAACUCUAUCUUGUGGUAGACUGCCCUCCUAGGGAGCGCUUGGGCAACUAACUUGUGGGGCAUGACAUUCGGAAUUUCCCGAGAAAAAAAGUCUUAUGUGUAUUGGAUCCGUCUGCUGGUUUCAGGGAUGGGAGUCCACCACUCUUGUCCAGUAAUGGUAGGGAUUCGCAGAAGAACCUCUGGAUCGAAGCAAUGCGGGCCUGUCUGUCUGUAUGUAAUCUACUUCUGAAUGAGGGAAUCCACUUUUGCUACUAGGGAAUCAGACUAAUAGCCUGCGCCUGUUGGCAGUAGUACUUGAACUAUACUUGACUCGGCAAAUAAUAUUGCUAUAUCGAGGGACUCAAUCCAGAGGACAUUUCCAAUAAGCUACUCUGGACUGGCAGCUUUCAGAGAUUGAUCUACGUAUUCCUAUUCGACUUGUGGUUCCCGAAUCAAUAGCGGACUUCCGUCAAUCCAUCAAGCAAACAACGUUCACUGAUACGAGACGGCACCAUUUACUAGAUUUGCACCACGCCCUAUUCAUGAUCUCUUCCCUGGUCAGUAGUAGGGUUGCCGGUGCCCAGGAAUAAUGCUUGUUAUUAUUAAGCCGAAAAGUAACGUAUUAAAAACAAAGUGAACAAAGUGUACCGUGCCAACGGAGACUGACCGAACUUCUACGCUAUGCCCCGACCCUGCUGAUAGAUAAACUAUUCAUCUGGUUGAGCCAGGCUGGCCCUAUUUAUUCCAAUGGAGACUAGACUAGCGUUAGCUGAAAGAUAGGAUUUCAAAGAUAGGUGUUCCCCAUGAUAGCAGUACCUUUCUCCCUUUCGUGGUGGAAUGGACCGCGAGUAAACUGAGCCUUCCGUACACAGUGAGACGGCCUUUUCGAGACAAGUCAGAAAGCUCUUAAGUCCAGUAAGCUAAGCAAAGCUUUCCGUUGGACUAGCAAUAUCGGAUGAAGGAAGCAGCGGUGAACGGAGUCAAGCUAUUGGCUGGUUCUAGCCCACACGAGAUGUAGGUCCUGAUUCCCUGAACCGGAAGAUAAUGAGCAUCGCGGUAAGAGAGAGUCUACUCGACUUGAGAAUCGUUGAUAGACAAAUCAUGCCCGGCAAAGGAAUAGGACUAGUGGAAGUACCCGAUCUCAUAGUGGACUCGCAAUCACCUCCUAAUGGUAUUAUCACCAGGGCUGCACUGCAAGAGAAUUCAUUCCAUUGAGCUGAUGGGAGGAACUCCUGUUGGUUGUUUCGAAGUCAAGGAUGCGGCCAGGGUUGUUAGAAAAUAAAUAGGCAAAGAAGUAGAGCCGUCUUUUGCAUGGAAUAGGCGAAAACCCUUGUUCCUUCUUCUAGCUCGGGAAGCAGUUUAUUAGCGAGGAAAGACAAGCCUUCUGCUUCUGUUGAUGCUGAGGAUGUAGCCUAGCCGUUGUUGCAGGAUUGGCAGGGAUAGAGGAAACUGGGAAUAGCGAUUCUUCCUCCAGAUAGGAUUUCAUGAUUGAAAGCUGUAGCUCAUGAUUGAUUUGAAAUACGCAUCCCUCCCGUAUUGGUGGAAGUAGAUCUUAUAUCCCACCAAAGCAUCGGCUAGUUGCAAGAGAUAUUGUUCGUAAUGCGCCGCUUGAAUGUUCUUCUCCCAUAUGUUGAUCAAGUCUUGAACAGAGAAAUAAUCCAUAAUCUUUUUGUUCUUCAACCAGAGCCUUCUGAGUCUAUCUUCCCCUUCCUUCCUAUUAAUAGAAGACAGAAUGCUAGGCAUGACCAGUCCUAUAUUCACUAAAUCAUCCCAAUGAUCCCUAAGAAUACUGAAAAACUUAGCAUUUAUUUUAUUUUGUACGCUCUGCAGCUUGUUCAGACUAGAGAGUACUACUUCAGUCUCACUAUCAUUUACCAUGUAGAUAUGAAAAUUACCCUCGUCCUUUUUACUCGAUAGCAGUGUGGUCUUCCUAGAAACCGCUCCCUCAGAAUUUAAGUAACCGCCUGAUAGAUCACGUGCUUUGUGUGUGAGACGAUUCAUGUCAGAGGCCUUCACCCAUUUUGAUGCUCUGCGAUUCUUCCAAUCUCGCGGAGGGGACACCAUAGGAAGUUCUGUAAAGAGCGGUAGAUCCUUUAUGUCAAAUAGACACCUAACAUAGUUUACUGGCUUAUACUUUUAUCCUUUACCUUUAUGCUCGGAGAGAUCGACCUCUACAAGAGGAUUGUGGAUCUCAAUCAAUUGAUUGUUGUGCAGCCAUGUUAAUAGACCGCUCCCAAUCGCAUACUGUUCAGAGGCAGUUUUCUCAUCAAUAGAUUUACCCUUAUCCGCCAUUCUUUCACCCUUAUUCUGUUUCGGGCAAUCCGUCUUCAUAUCACCAAUCACCUUACCAUCAACAACGCCUUCAACCGCACUAGCAAUAGGAGUCCCAGCCAAAACAGCUUCAAGUCCAUGC